AUGGAUCAGAAGAAAGCAAAAUGGGUGGCUGAAGAAGGAAAAGAAGAGAGACAAGAGAAGAAAUUGGAAAGGAAGGCAAGAAAGGUAGAGAAACUAGAGGGAAUAAAUGAAGUUAAAAGGGCACCAAAAUUCAAGAGAACAUGAAAUGCCAAAGGGUCAGAAGGCCAAAAGAGACAACCGGGGAGGCAGAAAAAAUCCAGAAGAAAACUCAGAAGAAAGCCUAGAGGAAAAACAGGAGAAAGCCCAGGGGAAAAGGAGAAAUGCCCAAAAAUUGAAAGAGAAGAAGCAAAAAGGCGGCAAGACCUUUUCGAUGCCUUGUCACUUUUUAACCCCCAAGUUGGUUCGUUGCCUUUAGUCGAAAGAACCAAUUCGGGGAGUUGCUAG